GGUGUCCAAUCUCUUACUUGAGAAUCUUACUUGAGGAUGGAAUAAUCACAGCGCAUGUGUAAACAGCUGUAUAAAAGUAUUUCUGCAAUAUUGCAACUUUAAAUAAUGGAGAAAUAUUUUAUUAUGGACGAGAAUGAACUUUAUAAAUUUCUAAACAACCUGCGAAAAUCAAAGCUAAAAGGCGAGUUAGACACCGAGGAAAAAUUGGCGCAGCAAAGUGGCAAAUGGCGAGAUACUUUGGAGUUCGAUGUUUUAGAAAUGUGCACCAAGCAUUAUAGCGAGAAGUGCAGAUUGGAGGUGUUGGCACUCUUAGUGGAAUCAAAGAAAAGCACAUUAAGUUUUACAGAAAUGGAACUUGAUUUAAUUCUGAUAUUUUUAGCCAAUAAUUUGUGUGAGAAGAUGGAAUACAUGCCCUUUAUCAAAAAGGCUUUAACACGAUUGAAAGAUAGCUAUGCUGUUAUAGAGAAACAGUUUUUGCAAGCACUAAUAAAAUUAAGUUGUUAUGAGAAACAAGAUUUUAUUUCCAAAACGUGUAAGGACGAUCAUUUGGUUAUAGUACGUAAAAAAGAACAAAUUAAAUAUUGUACAAGACUAUAUUAUGGCCGUUUUGUUAAGAACUUGCAUCUACUUUGCGUGUCCAAUUUGUAUCCAGAAGCAACAUAUGAUCGCAAACGUUCCUGUUUGCAAAUACUUUUACUGAUACAAGAUCUUAUUCCUGAUAAAUUCAGACUUUUUAAGAAAAGACUUUGGAAGAAAGACGAAGUUGAGGCGAUAUUCCACUGUUUAGUGAUGGAUACAUACGAAUUUAAUAAGCAAAUGGCAUACCAAAUAAUCAGUUCAGUCAGUCCAGAAUUGUUGAGCUUAGAUUCAAAACCUUGGGUUGAUUCGCUUAUGGAAGCUGCAUUUAAAUUUAGUAACAGCAUUCGACCUAUUGACAGUAUUACGGCUGCAUAUUUGUUUAAAAUAGCCAAAUUAUCUCCUAUUAUAAAAAAUAUACUUUGCGAUUACUAUAAUGUAGAAGACACAGAAGCAAUAACAUUGCAAUUAAUUUUACUGCUAUAUGAAAAAUUACGAGAAGUAUCAACUUUAGCAAAAGAAAACCUAGGAAUAGCAAUUAGUAAAAAUUCUUUAUAUGGAUAUUUAUUUUGCAUUAGAAGUUUGCUUUUAGAUUGUGACUUAAGAGAUAUAGAAAGAAGUGAAUUAUGGCAAAAUACCAUAGCUGAUAUUAUAGUAUUGUGUUUUGAACUAAAUCGUACUGUUUCUGUGGUAGUAAAUAAUUCCUCACCGGAAGGACAUUUACCAAUGGACUUGAAAACACUGAAUUUAAAUGCAUCAUUUCUUAAGAAUGAAAUUAUAACACCACAAAUGAUACUACUUUGUUCUUGGCGUACUGUUAAAGAAGUUAGUCUGUUAUUUGGUCUAUUUGCCACCAGGGCAUCGAUACAAACUGCCGAAUCUCCAAAUGGAUUAUUAACUAUAGAACAAAUAGAGAAUAUAAUGAAACAUUUAGUCGCGUUAUUGUGUGAAACAAAACAUAGAGGUGCGUUUGAACAAGCGUAUGUUGGUUUUCAUGAAUUAUGCACACGAUUAUGGCGUUUAACAGACAAGUCUUUAAAUAGGCUUCCUAUGUUUUGGUUGUACAGUAUUUUAGUGUAUUUUACGGGAUUCGAGCCAGGAUAUGUAUUAUGUGCAACAAGAAGAAGUGCAGGUAUUCCGUUUAUGAUACAGGCAGUGUUAUCCUCAGAACCAAAAAUCCAGAACAAUUCAGAAACAUUUGCAUCUUGGAUUAUGACGAUUUUAUUACAAUUUGCACAAAUUAAGUGCACAGCUUCUUUACAUCAAUCAAUGAUGGAAGUAAUGUAUGGACAUCCAAUAUUUUCUAAAUCCGAGUUUUCAAUUUUAUUUGAACAGAUAGAAGAAAAGUGUAAAGAAAUGACUGAUCAUGACUUAAUCGAGAUAAAAAUUCAUUCUAUGAAUAUUCUUAGAGCUUUAUUUAGACAUUCUCAACUCGGAGACAUAACUAAAAAUUAUAUUAUGAAUGCUUUGAUAAUUGCCUAUAGAAAUUAUGAAAGUACAAAAUGGUCGGAACGUAAUGCGGCUACGUUAUUGUUCAGUACACUUAUAAUACGAAUUUUUGGUGUUCAAAGAACCAAGGAUCACAUCAAUUUGACAACGGAUAACAAAAUGACAGCAAGAAUAUUUUUUGAAAGAUAUCCCAAUUUAUUUGAUUUUAUUUUGCAUGAAUUGAGAACUGCUUCGAGUAAAAAAAAAAUCGCGAUAAGAUCUAACAUGCAAGUAAUUUUAUUGCUGCUGUCACGAUUAUAUAUUAAUUGCCAUUUUGACACGGAUAUUGCUUGGAUAAAUGAAAUUGUUAAUUUGGUAUCAGAAUGUGGUAAAAGUCCGGUAUAUAAAACACGUGAACUUGCAGCUAGAGCAUUGGUGCCAUUAUUAGUAGAUAGUACAGCUUACAACUUUUUAAAAAAGUUAUUUGUAAUUUUAUAUACUGCGCGACAUACUCAGAUGUCUGCAAAUUUCACACAUGGCUAUUUGCUACAGAUAUUAGAGAUUUUGACGAAAUUGCCAUCCGUCCACAUGCAGUUAUUAAAAUCUGAUGUCACAAAUUUUGUACGCGCGACAGAUUGGAUAUUAAAAGGAUUAGAAAAAAAAACUAAUGUAUUCAGUUGUUUUCCUACAGCUAGUGUAUACAUUGACAUCCUUCAUAGUUUAGACAAAAAUAUGAUUGAAAGUUGUGAUGUACAGAAUAUAUUGCAUAUCCUGCAGCAGCAUUUAGUCAAGAAAGUUCUAUUAAAACAAGGACCGGGCGAACAAAUGUAUAAAGUGUCUGCAAUCAAAUUUAUACUACGUAUGGGGAAUUCAGAAUUUUUGCAAACGAUGUACAAUGGAUAUAGUACAGCAUACAACAUAUAUUCGCGACUUUUGAUUAUUCCAGAAGCUGAGAUACAGAGUAUUGCUUGGAUUACUAUUUUCGAAGUAAUAAUAAAGAUGAAAUCUUAUCUACAAAGAGAAUUAUUGAGCGCUUUUGCUCUUCACACAGCUUUCUAUUUCGCCGAUGAUUUAUAUAAAUUUAAUCCUAAUUUACAAGAUGCAAUUUUCGAUUUCUUAUACAACAGCCUGACGAACAUAGACAAAUGUUGUGUCAUCGACAAACGUGCAAUUUGUACUUUGGUUCUUAAGAAAUUAUAUCUAGAUGAUACAAACAAUAUCUAUUCUCAACGUGCUAAUUACUUGAGAUUGCUAGGAAAAUGUAUGACAUUAACUCUUGAAUGGAAGGAUAAAGAGCUCAGGAUGGAACACAUAGAGGGCAUUUAUAGAAAAAUCUGUGACAAUAGAUGGAUUGGUUUGUUAGAUAAAGAUUUCAGAUUAUCAGUUUUCGAUAUAUUAUAUGAACUUUUUGAAAAGGACAUCGAUCUGGAAUAUUGUCAUCCCAUAUUAGAUUGGUGGACAAUGUUGUUGCAAUUAUUAGUCGAUGACAAUGCGAAUGUUCGAUUCGAUGCGUCUGAAAUAAUUUGUAGACUUGAACCGUGCAACAAAUUGGAAUGUUUCGAACCAACUUUGUUGAUAUUCUUUGAAAAGUUUAAAGAAAUAGUCGCUGUUAAGUAUCCCGAAAUAGCAGUAAGCGCCCUUUUCUGCUGGAGUGUUUCGUUGUUAGGAGAUAUGAAUUAUGAAAUGGAUGAUAACGAAGUAUUCAACAAAUGUAGAAAUUACAUUAUCUUCGAUCCUAAGAAGAUAUCAGAUCAGUGCUUCAAUUUAACAAAAUCGAUAACUCAACAAUAUUCCAUUAAUAAUACAUUACCACCGGAUGCUGUAAGAUGGAUAAGUUACCGUUUGGAUACCGAUUUUCCUGCAUCGUCUUCUUUUAAACAGAUUAUACAUAAUUAUCAAAAUAAUCUGCCGAUAACUGGAGAGGUAUCAAAAGAUAUUAUGGGAUUCAGCAGAGAUAAAGUAUUCCAAUCUUUUGUAUGUGAAAGAUAUAUGUCAUUAUAA